AUGGCUGAGAAUGCCCCGGAGGAGAGGGGGCUGCGGAUUCCCCAGGAUGCUUCGGGCCUCCAGGACAGCUUGUUCUCCUCUGAAAGUGACAACAGCCUGUACUUCACCUACAGUGGACGGUCCAACACCUUGGAGGUCCGAGACCUCAGCUACCAGGUGGACAUGGCCUCCCAGGUGCCUUGGUAUGAGCAGCUGGCUCAGUUCAAGAUGCCUUGGACAUCUCACAAGGACUCUUGUCAGCUGGGCAUCCAGAACCUGAGCUUCAAAGUGAGGAGUGGGCAGAUGCUGGCCAUCAUAGGGAGCUCAGGCUGUGGGAGAGCCUCUUUGCUGGACGUGAUCACCGGGCGAGGCGAUGGUGGCAAGAUUAAGUCAGGCCAAAUCCAGAUCAACGGGCAGCCCAGCACGCCUCAGCUGGUGAGGAAGUGUGUGGCCCACGUGCGCCUGCACGACCAGCUGCUCCCCCACCUAACCGUCCGCGAGACCCUGGCUUUUGUUGCCCAGCUGCGCCUGCCCAGAACCUUCUCCCAGGCCCAGCGUGACAAAAGGGUGGACGACGUGAUUGCAGAGCUGCGGCUGCGCCAGUGCGCCGACACGCGCGUGGGCAACACGUACGUGCGGGGGGUCUCGGGGGGCGAGCGGCGGAGAGUCAGCAUUGGGGUGCAGCUUCUGUGGAACCCAGGAAUCCUCAUUCUGGAUGAACCCACCUCUGGGCUUGACAGCUUCACGGCCCACAACCUGGUGAAAACCUUGUCAAGGCUGGCCAAAGGCAACAGACUGGUGCUCAUCUCCCUCCACCAGCCUCGGUCAGACAUCUUCAGGCUGUUUGAUUUGGUCCUUCUGAUGACAUCUGGCACCACCAUCUACUUGGGGGCGGCCCAGCACAUGGUCCAGUAUUUCACAGAAGUCGGACACCCCUGUCCUCGCUACAGCAACCCUGCUGACUUCUACGUGGACCUGACCAGCAUCGACAGGAGAAGCAGAGAGCAGGAAGUGGCCAGCAGGGAGAAGGCUUGGUCACUUGCAGCUUUGUUUCGAGAAAAAGUGCGUGACUUCGAUGACUUUCUGUGGAGAGCGGAGGAGAGGGAGCCAGGGGUGGGCACUUGUGCAGAGAGCCCGGCCCCCCAGAGGGACAUCGACCACCUCCAAACCUCCACUAAGCUGCCCAGCUCCGUGCAGCAGUUCACCACGCUGAUCCGUCGUCAGAUUUCCAAUGACUUCCGAGACCUGCCAACCCUCCUCAUCCACGGGGCGGAGGCCUGCCUAAUGUCCCUGAUCAUCGGGUUCCUCUAUUAUGGACAUGGGUCUAGCAGUCUCUCCUUCACGGACAAGGCGGCCCUCUUGUUCAUGAUCGGAGCUCUCAUCCCUUUCAACGUGAUCCUGGAUGUCAUUGCCAAAUGUCACUCAGAGAGAGCAAUGCUUUACUAUGAUCUAGAAGAUGGGCUGUACACCGCUGGGCCAUAUUUCUUUGCCAAGAUCCUAGGGGAGCUUCCAGAGCACUGCGCCUAUGUCGUCAUCUAUGGAAUGCCAAUCUACUGGCUGGCCAACCUGCGCCCGUCCCUGGAGCCCUUCCUGUUGCACUUCCUGCUCGUGUGGCUGGUGGUCUUCUGCUGCAGGACCAUGGCCCUGGUUGCCGCCGCCCUGCUCCCCACCUUCCACAUGUCCUCUAUCUUCGGCAAUGCCCUCUAUAACUCCUUCUACCUCACUGGCGGCUUCAUGAUAAGCUUAGACAACCUGUGGACAGUGCCCAUGUGGAUUUCCAAGGUGUCCUUCCUCCGAUGGUGUUUUGAAGGGCUGAUGAACAUUCAGUUUAAAGGGCAAAUUUAUCCCUUGGAGAUCGGCAACCUUACCAUCCCUAUCCGGGCAGACAUAAUCCUCAGUGCCAUGGCCGUGGACUCCUACCCGCUCUACGCCAUCUACUUAAUCCUCAUGGGCAUCAGUAGUGGCUUAGUGCUCCUGUACUAUGUGACCUUAAAGUUCAUCAAACAGAAAUCAAGUCAAGACUGGUGA